CGCCGUAUUUCAGUGAUGCUCAGACUUCCUCGGUAAUUAGGACUUGCUCGCAAUGUCGUCCAUGGAUAUCUUCAACCGACCACCGGCAAUAUCAGAGGACACCCUACAAUAUGCGCUAUACUUACCUCCAUCUCUGUCGGACAAGCCUUCGGUGACCACUUUUGCUACAUGCAUGCGCACCUAUGUCGACUCCCUGCUGCCCGGCUUUAUCUGGCAUCGCGACGCCUUUGAGCUGAAAUUGGUCCCGAACCCAGAUUUUGAGGGCCAGUGGAUGCUGGAAGGCAGAAUGAGGGUUGGAGACUCUGUAGAUGAUGAAUGGUGUACCGUCUGGUUAUUGAAGGAGAUAUCGAGCAAAUGGGACGUUGUUAUCAGCGUCUGGGAUACAGACGGGGAAUUUUUAUUGAUCGAGGCAGCGGACGCGCUGCCGUCCUGGGUCACACCAUCCAAUUCUGAAAACAGGGUCUGGAUCUAUAAUUCCCACCUGCAUCUCAUACCGCUCUCACACGUAUCCCCACCAUCUAGAAAGCGUCGGCGUCGGAAGAUAUCAGCUUCUAAAGACAACGAUGAGAAUGACUACGUCGCUCGGGAUGAAGACGCAGAUGAAGAUGACUUUAUUGAUGUCGAAGACGCGUUAAAACUCGUCAGAGACCCGUCUGUCGAUACAAGGGCCUCUAUGGCAGUCGAAAAUCUUGUCUGGGAUAGGAUCUCACAGUAUCCAGAAGCUAUUCGAAGACAUGUUCAUGUCACUAAGGCCCAUCUUCCAGUUGAUAUUGCGAAAGCACUAGCUGUCAACCCGCCUCUAGUCCAGAAGGCUGUAGAGGCAUUUUACACCCGAGAUGGAAUUCAACUCCGGGAAGCUCACAAAAUGUCGCGGUUUCCUCCUAGUACCUCAGUACUGUCGACCGUUAAAAUGACAAGAACGGCUUAUGCGCAAUUAACUGGGCAGAAAUUCUUUCCUCCCAAGGUUUUCGGUCGAUGGUUAGAAAAUGAAGGGUCUAAGGAAUGGCGAUGGAAAGAUACAGGAAUGAAAAUUGCCGUUGGCUUUGAGAUACUAUUUCAAGAAAGUAAGGGACGAUGGACAGCGACCAAUGACACUGCUGAGGGUUUAUCAGCAUCUAUUGCUGCAAAAAAAGACGCUUUGCGGCGUGAUCCUGAGUACGUCAAGUAUAUACAAAACUUGGUGUCUGCAGGAUAUUUUAGAGGUGAACCUGAAGGGUCUCAGCUCUGGAAUAGUCUAGAGGACAAAGCUGCAGAGAUUUUCGUGGAUGUGCGUAAACAGGAUGAUCAUACACGACAAUCGUUUGCAUCCCUUGUGACAAAUGCGAUCUCACAGGCUCGCGAUUCGGUGAGCUAUGUCACGGCGGAAGAAGACAACGAUGAGUGGCUCACCAUUGAUGCACAAGACUUCGAUGACUUGCUGCAGAAAUCAUCAAAAACUCAAAACCCCGAUGCCAUGGACGUUGAUAAGUCAGGUGAAGUGCCUGAGGAUAAGAUAGCCUCCGAUCAGGCUUCAAGGCUUAAAGAUUUGGCUUCCAAAGUCGAAGAAUUCGUUGAAGGUGAAGGGGAUAUGGAGGGUGCCAAGUUUGAAGAUGAGGACUUUUCCGACGAAGAAUUCAGCGAUGGAUCCAUGUCUACGAAUUCGGAUGACGAAGACAAAGAAGAUCCCGCCAAGCGGCAAGCAGACAUGGACAAGCUUGUUCCCGGGCUAGAUCCUUCUGAGUACGGUCAAAUGCCGGCAUCAUUCCACAGUAACUCUCAAAAGGUCGGGCCUAUGGAUGUAACAAAUGAUACCGAAAAGAAGACAGAUGAAGAUAAAGCCGCAUCUAACACAGAGCAUCCUGGAAAACUAUUGAGGCCGCCUAUUUUACCUCGUGACAAGUACGACGGUGUUGAUUCAGAUGACGAAAGCGACGAGGAAGGUGCUGAAAUGGAUUCUGAAGAUGAAGAAGACCGACCUCAAGUUGUCGGAGACAUCGAGGUUGACAUGGGAGAGGAGGAAGAAGAAUUUCUUGAAUUCUCUCGACAGGCUCUUGGAAUCAGCGAUGAGCAAUGGAGCGAUAUUGUCAAAGAUCGCAAAGAUCGAGGAGCGUUUGUGCCGAAAAAUAUCUUAACUACGUCUCCCUUCCGGCCACCGACAAAUGGAGGCACUGAACGGAAUCCGGAGCCUGGGGCACGCCCGAACGUUAAUCCAAACCUUGACUCCUUCGAAGCGGUCAUGAAAGCGAUGGAUGCGGAACUUGCUCGGACACGCACCGCAAAACGGAGUGGAAGCACCACUAGUCAAUCAGAUAAGGGAAAAGGAAAGGAGGAAACCACUUUUGAAAACGAAGAUGAUGAUAUUGAAGCGGCCAUGGAGGCUGAGCUCAAGGCAGCUCUGGAGGGUAGAGACGAUGACGACGAGGAAGAACCGACGGAUUACAAUCUGAUUAAGAACUUUUUGGAAAGUUUCAAGAGCCAAGCGGGACUGUCUGGUCCUGUCAGUAACCUUGCUGGACGGUUACAGCCCGGAUGGACUCUUCCGAGAGAUGAAUCGUAGUUGCCUAAAGUAGUAGCACGUGUCUUUGCA